CCCGAGGGCCCAGCUGCUGGCGGCAGCGCCUUGGGCAGGGCACGGGGCUGCCCCCGCCGGGGCACAGGCCCUCCCUGCCAGCCCCACUGAAGCCCUUCUCUCCCUCCUCCUGCAGACCAUGGCUGCCCUGCUCUUCCUUGCCCUGGGGGCCCUAAUCCUCAGCCAGGGCCCACGGCCAGCGGGUGAUGGGCUGGAUGAGGAGACGCGCGUGCGCAUGCGGGAGCGAGAGGAGAUGCUGAAGAGGGAGAUGGCUCGGCUGCUGCGGGAGGUGGAGAGGCAGGAGAAGGCCCUGCAUCUGAGGAGCCAGCAGCAGAGCGGCUUUGUCUGGUGGGCCUUGCAGCAGUGGCAGUCCUGGGCCCUUGCUGCAGCCCUGCUCCUGCUCUGCGGGCGGCUCAGCAAGAGGCAGCCAGCCAGCAGCAGCAGCAAGGAGGGCAGCCCCAGCAAGAAGCCGCAGAAGAGGCUGGUGUGCAAAGCCUGGCAGAAGGUGCCUCUGGCCUCGCUGGACUCCCCUGCCGCGGUGCAGGACAUGCUGCGCAAACUUCUGGACACCUGCCAGAAACUGUACCACCGCACCUGUGUGCCACGGCUGGGGCGACCCAUCAUCCUGGACGCCCCAGAAGGCUGCAGCACAGGCAGCUGUGUCUACAAGGUGCUCAUUCCCCUCUCGGCACCCCACGGACAAGCCUUCCGCCUGGAGCAGACGCCCGUGGGCUUCUACAAAAUCGGGGUUUGGCAGCGCUGCGCCUGCAGACAGCGCCUGAUCUGCUUCCGCCACUCCCCUGAGGAAGAGCUGCAGAGGUUUGGGGCUGCCAGCAUCGCGGACUCCGACCUCUGCCGUGGCCCCUACCUGGAUCUGGAGAGAACCUACUUCUGGUUUCACAGGGUGCUGGCCGAGUGCUGGAAAUUAUUCCCGCAGUUCAGGCACUACGAGCCAGAGGUGCUGGCCUCCAAGCGCUCCUGCACGCUCCGCCUGACCUCCCCUUCCCAAAGUACUCUCCUCAUCGAGAUGACAUUUGGGUUGCAGAUGAAAGCGGGCGUCUUCAAGGACGUUCAUUAGGCAGAGCCGUAGCAGGACAGUCCAUCUCUCCAGCUGCCUGCCUCAGGUUCUCUCCAUCUUUCAACUGCUUUUUGCCUCUCGGUUUUACAGGCCCUCCCUCAUUGUCUUUGUUAGUUAGUUUGACAUCAAUGUUUCUUCAUUAAGUGUUAGGUGUAAGGUUUUAGGAUCCUUUUAAGCCAGUCAGCAGUGUUCUAGGUCUAGGAUAAGAGGUGUUACUAGGUUAGUGGCUGGGAUUUAAUGGUAGAGCUUUAUGGGUUCGUUUACCUCUUAGUGAUAGACGUUCUUGUUAAGGUCCCUUUUGCAGUGUUGCUUCAGCCUCCUGUUCUGAUAUCCCAGUUUCCCCACAGCCCGAUUGAGCUGGUGGCUGUUGCUUUAAAAGGGUUUAGACCCCAGUGCUGUUUGAAAUAAACCUUGUUCU